GCUCUCAGACCUUUGCACGGCUCAGAGUUCUUCCUGUUUUAGAGAUUUCGAGGAAGCAACAGCAGCAGCAACAGUAGCAGCAGCAACAGCAGCAGCCAGUGGACAGUGGACAGUCACGUAUGUGCUGAUGGUUGUAACUCAGUGAUCUGCACGAGCAGAGGACCCAUGAUCUCUCAUCCUUGUGCUACCUCACUUGCGCUGUACAUAUUGUGGAUCACCAUGGCUCAGGUUGCUGGCCAGGAGGACAGAGAGAAAACUACUGCACUCAAAGAUUUGCUGUCAAGAAUAGACUUGGAUGAACUGAUGAAGAAAGAUGAGCCUCCUUUUACUUUCCCUAAAACUCUGGAGGAGUUUGAAUAUGCCUUCAAUGAAGAUGGCCAGCUCCGACAUAUAAAAACAGACGAACCGUUUGUGUUCAAUGCCAGGGAAGAUCUUCACCGCUGGAACCAGAAACGCUAUGAAGCUCUCGGAGAGAUCAUCACUCGGUAUGUUUAUGAGCUGUUGGAGAAAAAGUGCAACAUGACUAAAGCUUUCCUGCCAGACGACGCCACAGAAGAUGAACCCACCAGUUUUAUUUACCUGAGCCCUGAUGCCUUGUCCAACCCAUCGAAGCUGCUGGUGAUUAUCCAGGGUAGUGGCGUAGUACGGGCCGGUCAGUGGUCCCGGAGACUAAUCAUCAACCAGGACCUGGACUCGGGGACACAGGUCCCCUUCAUCACCAAAGCAAUGGAGGACGGCUACGGCGUGAUGGUGCUCAACCCGAACGAGAACUACCUGGAGGUGGAGAAGCCGACCGCGUCCAGCCCGCUGCCCUCGCCCACCGAGCCCACGGACGAGCCUGCGGAGAAGAGGGAGCGCAAAGACGACAAGGAGAGCAAAAAAAAGAGGGAAUUCUAUGAGAAGUACCGCAACCCGCAGAAGGAAACGGAGACCGAGCGGAUACCUAUACGGGAAAAUGCCUCCUCCGAGGAACACGUGCUAUACGUGUGGGACAACUUUGUGUCCAGAGCCGCAGCCAAGAAUGUCUUCAUCAUGGCCCACAGCUACGGAGGGCUGUCUUUCGUUGAGCUGAUGAAUCAGAGGGAAAUGCAAGUGAAGAACCGAGUGUGUGCCGUGGCUCUGACCGACUCCGCUCACAACAUCUGGCUCCAGGAGACGAGCAAAGGCACGCAGGACUGGAUGCAGCAGCACUGUUGUAACUGGGUGUCGAGUUCGGAGCCCCUGGACGCGCCGCUGGACGCGAUGCUGCCCGACUGCCCGCGAGUCUCUGCAGGCACGGAGAGACACGAGCUGACCUCCUGGAUGAGCUUCAACUCCAUCUUCAGGUUCUUCAGUGAGGUCCUGGAAGCCAAAGAGGGCGAGGAGGCGGAGGAGACCUCCAACACCGUCACCACACGCAGCAGCUCCCUCAAAAACAAACACCAGGAUUUGUAGGCGGGGUGGACGACCACGAUUUGAAGCACGGAGGAAAGGGAGGGGGCGCAGGGCUGAGGGAUCAGAGGGCUGAAAUGGAGAGUGGGAGGCUAAGGUUCCAGAUCCUUUCUGCUAUUUCUUUCUCUUCCUUUUCACCUCCAUCUUUCCUUCCUCGCUUUGCUCCGUGUCAUUUCUCCCCUCCAGGCCUCUCCGGCUCUCCCCCCCCCCACACACACACACACGGCCUUGUUGUUGUAAGAGAGAAGAGCGCGGGGUCACCGUGUCGUGUAUACAUCACAAUAACGUUUUGCAUUACUUCUAGAUGAGCGCAACUGUCAAAGCAAUACGGGCCCGAGUGUUGCCGCUUUCCCGUGGGCUGCGGCCCGGUUGUGGGUACGGGGCCGCGGCAGCAGAGAUUAAGGCUGACAGGCGCUGUGCACAAUGCACUGUGGUGCACCUCUAAUUGUCCUGACAUCGGCCUGAACUGAGCUAAUGCCCCUCCUGCCCUCAAGUCUGCACCGCUCAGUCUCUCCUCUCUCUGAAUCUCUUCAGAACCUCCUCCCCGCGGUCCUAGAGCCUGCACGAAGAAUCGUCCACGUCUGUGGGAAAAUCUGCUAAGAUUCAAUACUUAUUUUGACCCGACAAAUGCCUGUGUUUGUAUUUCUUUUAGCCCAUGCUCAACAUAAUUGACUUUUCAGAGUGCAAACACACUUCACCCGUGACUUGUUUUCAUGACACACACAAGUCACCUUUUUUUUAAAAUUCAGCAUUGUUUAAAUUAUGUAUGUCUGGAAUUACAGUGAUAAGAGAGAUUUGUUUUUGAAUGCAACGUCUCAGAUUUUUUAAUACUUACAUAUAUAUAUAUAUAUAUAUAUAUAUAAAAAACACUGUGGAGAGUCCACCUCUUUGUUUUGUUAUAAAUCACGUUCAGACCCUCGGAAUUGAUGCCUGCGCGUGAUCGAAUGCGAUGAAACAAAUAAAUACAAACCCGUGCUGAAUGUGGAGAAAUCCAGGAGCAUAUUUAAAAUCACUUAAAGUCAAGCGUCGGAACGGGUUUGAGGGAUAUCUCAUUUUAACAGGAGCCAGAAGUCAGCACACAACACUCAUAAAGCCUCAAUAUAUCGACUUACACAUGUCAGGAAAUCCAAGAUUUCAAUAUUAUUCUAAGCCUGAAUGAUAUUUCCUUAGAUGUUGGCAUAAAAAAAUGUAACAUAUCUAUCCCCACCUUUUCUUCCCCCCCCUCCUCCUGCUCCAUAAAGCACUCUUCAUGUGUACUUAGAAGUGACAAAGUCAGCUUCCUGCUCAGCUGGACUUAAUCUGACUAUGUGACACAAACAUGAUAAUGAAAAAAAAAUCCAUAAGUCUGGUGUGGGUUAUUUCAUUUUUUUUUUAAUAUAUAAACCACUCAAGGCUUAAUGGAAUACAUUUCUAAUGUGUCAUGACAUUAGUAAAAAAAAAAAACUAAAUCUUAUGAUACCUUAGACACUUGAAAUAGUUGUUAAAGUUGAAACGUGUGGUUUAAGGCUUUUAUGGAUUAUCUGUCUGCUGUAAAUGAGACAAGUGUGGCUGAUGGUUCGAGGCCUAAUUUCACUUUUUAAUUCAAUUCAGAUCUCGCUGUGUGUGUUUCACUCUCUCUUCUCCAGGUUUCAGGAAAGAACUUGGCUCAUUGUUUGACUUGAUUACUUUCAUUUUCAAGAUACCGUUGCUCUUGUUUUCCCUCUCCCUUCCUUCCUGCCUUCCUGUUUGUUUUUCCCCACUUCAUAAUUUGUAUAUUGUUGCCUUAAGAAGAAACAAGACUCUGCUUUACUGUUGUUUUUUUUAAUAAUAUCCAACAAAGCCAUAUUAUGUGAAUGGAGCUGGAGCACAGUGUGCAAACAAGGGGGAACUAAUUAUGUGUCCUUUAAAUGAAAUGUGGAAGGUUUUAUGUGCUUUUUUUGUAUUUGAAAGUGUCCUGCCAGGUCACUUUUAUUUUUAACACAUUCUCAAAGGUUCUCACUCAUUCUCUUUUGAUUUUUUUUUAAAAAUGUGUUAACUGAACAUUUUACAUGCUACAACUCUUUUUUUCCUAAAUAGUUUCCCUGGUUUGUAAUUAAACCAUUAAACAUAUUCAAGGAAAUAAAAACCAACUUUUUGCAUCUUGGUUCAUAAACAA